AUGAGCCUCAUUGAGAGGAGGAGCUCAACAAAACCUUAACUUUCAUGCUUACAAUUUAUUAAUAAACGCCUCUAAUAAAAUAUUUAUGGAGCUAAUCCAAAAAAUUCUCUUGCUAGUCUGUCUGCUCUUUUAAAUAAUAAAGAAACAGAUGCUUAAGAUGAUGAAACUACCUCUAUUGAAAAUUUAAUGUAGAAAAGCACUGCUUAAAAUCGCUAACUUUAACAGGUUAAUUUUUAGCUUGUCAAAGAAAUCGAUUAAUAUGAUCAUGUCUUUUCUCCUUUGAAGAAAUCAACUAAGGUCAUGAAAUAAGAAUCUGUAAGACAUCGCCUAAAUACAGGUGAAUAUUUGAGCGCUAAUGAAAAUUACUCCUACAAUAAAUAUUAAGAAGAAGAGACAUAUUAAAAAAGUUUAAAGCCUCAACAUGGGAUAUUCUAGAGGUAUUAUAGGCUUGGGAAAAAAAUUGGAGAGGGAGCACACUCAGUAGUGAGAGAAUGCUCUGUUAGAGCACAACCUGAACAAUCCCCUCAUAUUUUACCUCAAAAUAAUAACAAAGAAUUAGUUGUUAAAAUAAUGAAAUACCGUGACACUGAAAUACUCUUUUAGUUACUUGAGGAAGAAAAAAUUAUGAAUGAGUUCCGUAAUAAUCCAAACUUGGUAAGAAAAGUUGACUUCUUAAUAGAGAAGCAAAAGAAAACUGCUUACUUGGUUAUGGAAAGGGCCAAUGGAUCUAACUUAACAGAAAUUCUCAGAUAAAAAACUAAGCUUUCAGAAUUCGAGUCAAAACUCAUUUUGAAGCAAGUAAUCCAGGCAGUAGAUUACUUGCAUAAAAAAAAUAUUUGUCAUCGUGAUAUUACAAACAACAACAUUAUUUAUGAUGAAUCAACAAGAAGAGUUAAAAUCAUUGAUUUUUCUGUUUCUAAAUAGCUCCAUAAACCCUCUCAAAUGCUCUGGACUAACACAGGGUCUAUAGGAUUCAUGGCUCCAGAGAUAUUCACUGAAUGUAAUUAUGAUAAAAUGGUCGAUAUGUGGAGUGUUGGAGUUGUUGCUCACUCCCUAGUUACAGGUUACCUCCCUUUCUAUGAAAAAUGUGAUAAUUAGUAACAGCUCAUUUAAGCAAUAAUUAAAGGCUAAUUGUAUCUUGAAGAAAUAGGAAGUCAUCUAUCACCUGAGUGCAUAGAUUUUCUUCUUAAGUGUUUAGAAAAAGACCCUUCAAAAAGAUUAAAACCUUCUGAGGCCCUCAACCAUCCAUGGAUUAAUAAAAUUGAACUCUAGCAACUCUCUGAAGCUACUUUGCCUUGUGGUCAUAGAAAAAGCCUCAUAGUAACAUCGAUGACUAAUAUUGAAGAAGAUUUUUCUGAUAAAUACUAAAAAGAAAUAAAUGAUUUUGAAUGUAUUUAUAUCAAUCGCUUAAAUUUUGAAUUCAAGCAUCUAAGAGCAGUGAAUUCUUGA